GCUAGGACGACCGUAGCCGGGUCACAGCUUGGUCCACCGGAGACUCCCUGAGCGCGCAGGAGAAUCUGCAUCUGUCGGAGGUCGCAGAGCUAUGGGUAGCAAGAAGAAGGAAACUGCCUUGCAGGUGAACAUCAGCACCCAGGAACUUUGGGAAGAAAUGCUCAGUUCCAAAGGACUCACUGUUGUGGACGUCUAUCAAGGCUGGUGUGGCCCCUGCAGACCUGUGGUGAGUCUCUUCCAGAAGAUGAGGACUGAGGUCGGCCUGGACUUGCUGCACUUUGCUUUGGCCGAGGCAGAUUGUCUUGAUGUCCUUGAAAAAUACCGAGGGAAGUGUGAACCAACCUUUCUGUUUUAUGCAGGUGGAGAGCUGGUGGCCGUGGUCAGGGGUGCAAAUGCCCCACUGCUUCAGAAGACGAUCCUUGAGCAGCUGGAGGCUGAAAAGAAGGUGCUGGCUGAAGGCAGAGAACGGAAAGUGAUUAAAGACGAGGCUCUUUCUGACAGAGCUGAGUGUUUUUCCCAAGAAAAGGCUGGUGAAGAUGAAGACAUAGUGUCAUCAGAGCAGACCUGUACCCUGGCAAUCAUUAAGCCGGAUGCAGUGGUCCAUGGAAAGACAGAUGAGAUUAUUAUGAAGAUCCAGGAAGCAGGAUUUGACAUCCUAACAAAUGAAGAAAGAACCAUGACAGAGGCAGAAAUGAAACUUUUCUACCAACACAGAGCUGGGGAGGAUACAUUUGAGAAGCUGGUGCACCACAUGUGCAGUGGGCCAAGCCGUCUACUGAUCCUCACCAGGACCGAAGGCCCUGAAGAUGUGGUCUCUGCCUGGCAAGCCCUCAUGGGGCCCUGUGACCCCAAUGUGGCCAGAAGGGAGCAGCCUGAAAGUCUCCGUGCCCAGUAUGGCACAGAAAUGCCUUUCAAUGCUGUGCACGGAAGCCGCGGCAGAGAAGACGCCGCGAGAGAGCUGGCCUUGCUGUUCCCCGGCCUCCAGUUCUCAUGGGAAGACACACAAGUCCCACGUGGUGCUGAAGAGGAGGAAGUGGGCCCCACAGAGGUGCCUCACCUCUCUGGACAGGACUGAGAAGCUGAGUUGCUCUUCUGAGUGUACGGCCAGGAGCAAGGCCACAGGCAAGAUGAACUGUGUGCUUCUGUCUGCACAGAAGGAACCUCAGAGUAGAACUUCUGAGUACCAGCACAUUCUUUCCUGACUUACUGAAGGACUUACAGCGAAUAACCGUCCCUCCGUUGGACAUUACAAAGUAUUAAAUGGGUGUGAAUCAUUGUGCUGUCUUGAAACAUUAUGUCACUUCAGAGAACACUGGACCUCUCCAACAAUAAAUCACUGUUUUUCUGAUGGUA